GUAUCGUGUCAAGUCAAAGCAAAAAUAGUCUUCAAUAAGCAACCGUACAGUGCUGUUUGUUUUCCGGGCUUAAUAAAAGCAAAAAUUGGUUAAUUUAAAAACACGUAGACACAAAAUGAAGUUUAUUCUAGGGUUGUAUCUUGUUUGUGUCUUUUUUCAACAAGGAUAUACAUAUUCAAAAUAUGGAAGAACUUGCAAAGAUAUCGGAUGUAGCACAAAUGAGCAAUGUGUUAUGGAAGAAACACCUUGUUCUUAUUACACAAGAGAUAACGAAUGUGGAAUGUACCCAACUUGCAAAAGAAUCAGCAAUUCCGCUCCAACAUGUGCAACAUACAUUUGCCCACCAACAAAGAAAUGCAUCGUAGACGGAAGCACACCAAAAUGUGUCGAUGAUGCAAACGCCCACACGCCUGAUAAUCCUAAGGUGCAUCAAACCCUUCAAACUUACAAUAACAACGAUGAAAAUCCGAAUGCACCCUCAGCACCUCAACCAGCUUAUCCAGUAAUUCCCGGGCAAACCACCACAAGGAGUCCUUAUAGAAGACCUCAAAGUGGUGGUAGUGGAGGGUAUUCUGGGGGUUCUAUUGGGUCUGGUUAUCCGGGUGGGAAUCAAGGAUCUGGGUAUCCUACUCAACAAGGUGGAUAUCAACCACAAGGUGGAUAUCAACCACAAGGGGGAUAUCAACCCCAAGGUGGAUAUCAACCACAAGGGGGAUAUCAACCCCAAGGUGGAUAUCAACCUCAAGGUGGUCAAGGUUAUUAUCAAGGUGGUGGUGGUUAUUAUCAACCAGGUUAUCAAGGUGGAUAUCAACAACCUGGUUAUCAGCAACCAGGAUAUGGACAAAAUCCUUAUGGUCAACAACCUCAAAAGCCAGCUAAAAGCGGUUCUAAUCCUUUAAUUGAUACAUUAAAGGGUACUUUGACGAAUAUUGGUACGACUUUCCUUAAGAAUGCUUUAUCAAAUAUUAAAUUAAAUUAAAAUGUUUACUUUUUUUUGUUACAGGGCUAUUCUGUCUUAUGUUUUUAUACAUUUUACAGUCUUAAUUUGGUGCUAAUAAAUUUUUUAAAGAUUUUAAUAAAUUUAUUCUCUUAAUCUGUUCAUAAAAUAAUAAAAAUGUGGAUGGAGUAUAAAGGUAGGAAAUAGUUUUCAUUUUUGUUUGGCGUUUCCUGGUGUUGGCUACACAAAAAAAUCCAUUUUGCACUGGUUGUUUUUCUGCUUUUAACAAGACAGAAUAGCCUAUUAUUUUUUUUUUAGUUAAAAGUUUUAUUUUUUUACUAACCUAGUUUUGUACAUAAUAAUACUCAAUGUGUUAAUAAUAAAUAGAUUUAAGUUGAACAAC